GAAAAAUUCUUAAAAUAUUAUAAUGACAGACUACGCUCAAGAAUUUAUGGAAAUGACAGAAGCUGCUAAAACUAUGAUACCGUUGAUGCGAGAUAUGGAUGACAGGGCCAUAGUCGAUAAGUGGAUCACUAGAGCGAAGACUCUGCAAAGCAAGGAUGUGAACGUGUUGAAACAUCGGAAUAAUUUUUUGAAAUAUUUCAUGGGAGUCAUCAAACGGACGAUCGCCGAAACAGGGCAGUCACCGGCGUGCUGUAUGUGGGGAAAACCUGAGCCCGGACCUUUCGAUAAGCAGUUGCCUCCGCCUAAACCUCUCCCAUAUCAGUGCCACUGGACCCCGGACAAACGAACUUACGUAGCCAUCCAACCUCUGCCAAAUCGAGGGGCUAUGGUGUACAUGGCUGUGGCCGAGAAACCUGAACUUGGUUGGGAAUUCCCCAAGAAAUCACAAUGA